AUGUCUCUACCAUGGGCCAACCCCAGGUUUUUGCUUGGGUCGACCGACCAAAACAGACGCACCCAAUUUUGGGUAGCUUCUCUGGUGUCUUUGCACCCCCCUCUACCAACUUCAAUGCCCAUCGACGAUUAUUUGCGCAACACAAACGCUUGCGACUUCAAACUGCCUUGUUCGGACGAUCAGAUCCGCGCCGAAACCCAGGAAGGACCUCCUAGAUAUGAACUUCCGGAGGAGGACGACAGCUUCUUGGUUGUUCGGAGAUAUUUAUACGAGCUUCUUACUCGAUCGGGUUGGGGUGUUAGUGAUAGAUAUCCUGUCGCUGUGCGGUGCACUGUGAACAACUGGAUUGGAAAAGGUGGUUACUUCAAAAAGAUGUAUUGUACUAUGGACGGUCUAAACACUAUUUGCCCGAGGUGCGGGAUGGAUGACAAGGGUAUCGAAGUGGCUUUCGAGAGCAGUAUCCGCGACACGAUCACAGCUUGUAUCGUGUACGAGACUCGGAAACUAUGGGAGUACAAGCUUCACCGGGUGUCUAAGGCAUCGAUAGCAAGUGAAUACUUGGCUAUUGUCGCUGAGGAGCAACAGAACUUAACUGCCACAAAAAGAACAGCUCAUCUCUCCCCGACUGACUGUUUGAGACCUGAAGUUACAUCGGAUCAGCAAUCACUCCACUCAGAUGACCAAUCUGUUUACUCUCGGCAUGAGAUGAAUAAUGUAGGGGAUCAUAUUCCUCCGCGCAGCUUUAGUCUUCGCCAUCACCCGUUUCUUUCUAGAGAUCGAAAACUUCCUUCACCGUAUAAGGGUGUAUCGACAUACGAUUUGCGUUCAAGUACCCCGGCGCAACGGCCUGCAAGCCGCGCCCGCUGCUGGACGACAGAGAGCCUCCAGAGAUCUAUCUCACGUAUGAGUUCAUUCAACCAGCGCCUCCAGUCAUCUAGGGUCACGUCACCAGAAGAGCUCAAGCCACAUUUCAAGCCACAAACUGAGUUAGACGGGGAGAUUAACGUUGUCCGUUUUGACGAUACUGGUCCUGAACCUGUGUCCCUAGCUACAAAUUGCCGAGCAGUUCACGUCAAGCCCCAUCGCAAGGUUGCAUGGGAUCCAACCCAUUCUCUAUCUCCCAUGGCUUCUCGCCCGUUCUCGCCCCUCGCCUUCUUCAAAACACGUCUCGCAGGCAAGGAGCCUCCGAGUUCUGCUCCAACGCCCCCGGACGACCCAAAGGCUAAAUCGUCUGGCGAUGCCCAAAUAAAAAAACGCAAGAGCUUCCAGUCUAGGCUUGCCGAAGCUACCACGGUCGGCUACUAUGGGAGGCACGAAGUAAAUCGGCGGAGGUAUGUAACCUGUAACGCGGGAAGGCGGGAUGCUGUGAGCGUGUACCAGCCCACGGGCAUGAUACAAUACUCUACAAGCUCUACGUCAACCCGAGUGAAAGUUUCUAGUCAGCCAAGUUUGAACCCUGUCUCCGAGCUAGGUGAAGAGCUCCGCGACCUCGCCACCGCCCGCCCUUCUCAACGUAGUUCAAACGUGGCUAGGGUCGCCCCAGACACGAAAAUCUCUUCUGAUUCAACUACUCCUAUCACUGCUGCUGGGAAGGAAGCCGUUGAAUUGGAUUUUGGGGAAGUCAAAACUCUCAAUUAUCAUGCCAAGCCGCCUACACCAAAGAGAAGGUUUCUGGUUAGGCGGAUUGGCAAGAUCUUCGGUAAGAUUGGUCAAAGGAAGAAAUAAGAAGAGGGGGUUGAAGAAGAU